GUUACGUCACUUCCGGCAAAGAUGGCGGCCCCCAGUGUCUAGCAACGUGUGUCUAAUGUGGAUGGGGAUGUGCAAGAAAUCAAAACAUAAACAGCCAUAACAUAAUAAUACGAAUUACAGUCAAUUUGCGAUCGAUACGGAGUUACGGUUGUUGUGAACCAUGAAGACGAAAUCAUCUCAUCACAAGUCUGAGAACACAUUUAAGUUCCAGACCUUUUCAGAAAGACUAGCAAAUGUGAACAUUGAUAUUAUACACCGUAUUGACCGAACAGAGAGCUAUUCAGAGGAUGUUGAGACGUACUUCUAUGAAGGAUUGCAGAAAUGGCGGGAUCUGAACCAUACAGAGAAUUUUGUAACAUUCUACCGAGAAGUGUCCAAUAAGUGCCAGUCAUUCCAUCUGCUGGUUUAUAAUCAGAAUGCCAUAGUCCAAAGCCUGAAGACCCACCUACAAGUAAAGAACAGCCUUGCCUACCAACCUCUGCUUGAUCUGGUGGUCCAGCUGGCUCGAGAUCUGCAGGGAGACUUUUAUCCACACUUUAAAGAUUUUUUCAUAGCCAUUUCUUCAUUAUUGGAAACAAAGGACACUCAAUUGAUAGAAUGGGCCUUUACAUCCUUGUCUUAUCUGUACAAGUACCUUUGGAGGAUGAUGGUGAAGGACAUGCCUACCAUAUACAGUUUAUACAGCACUCUGCUUGCCCAUCACAAAGAACACAUCCGAAAUUUUGCUGCAGAGAGUUUUGCAUUCCUAAUGAGGAAGGUGCCUGAUUUAGGUGGACUGUUGAACUUCAUGUUCCUGGACCUUAAUGAACAUCCCCAGAAGGUGGAAGGUUUGGGGCAGCUCCUAUUUGAGAUGUGUAAGGGGGUCAGACAUAUGUUUCACUCCUGUGCCAAAAAGGUUUUGCAACUGGUUUUACAGAAAGUUGGACCAGUGACAGAAACUGAAGAACAGUUGCCCUGGACUUUAGUAGGCGAGACACUGAAACAUUUUGUGGAGUCUGCUUCUUUUUACAUUAACGGCGAACACAUGGAGCCACUUUUUAGUAAUAUUCAGGAAUCUCUGCUGCAGCUUUCGGGUAAAACAGAUGCCAAUCACAGUACACAAUGCUCAGAUCAGAUAGAAAGGCUACUAGAAGCUUAUUCUAUUCUGGUGGAACAUGGUCAAGGGUCAAAGAUUCCUCAUCCAGAACAGGUGUCUAAGACAUUGACAACAUUGUUACAAGUUCCCAACACUUCAUCAUCUUGUUGUCACAAACUUCUCAGUAUUAUCUCUACCUUACUUCUCAAUGAGAAUGUAUCUUUGCCAGUGUCUGAGAUUAAAGAAACAGUAAAUAAGGUUUUUGACAGUGGAUUUUCAAGAUCAUCACUGAUGGACUUCUCAGAAGGGCUAUUCAAAAUGGAGCAGUUUGAGCAGCAUUUUCUUCCAAGCUUCCUGCAGUAUACCCUGCUGUGUUUUACAGACAAGAACCCCUCUGCUACGAGUGAGGCCCUGGCAAUUUUAACUAAGCUCAUUUUGGAAAAAGCUGAACCCCCAACAGUUGGUUCUAUGGCAUUUGAAAAAUAUCCCCUUGUAUUUGUGGAAAAAUCUAACUGUUCAAAGUCGAAAGGUGGUCAGAGUAAGGGAUCUGCAGUGCUGGAUUACAUACUGUCUCUGAUUCAUCUGUCACCUGAUCUGGAUGCCUGUGAAGUGUCACACUGUUGGGCUGCACUUACUGUUCUGCCUCAUUUGAGACCCAUGGAUAAAGAACGAAUCAUGCCAAUUUUAUCAGACAUUAUAGGAAGCAUUUUUUCUUUUAUAAACCAAAUACAGUUUACACGGGGAGUCUUGUGGAUAGCUUGCCAGGCAGUGAGUACUCUCCUCAGUCUGGAUGAUUCUGCUGAAAUUCUUCAUGUGCUUCCAAUGGAAAACAUAAAAGACCUACUGCUCUUAUUCCCUGAUGAUCCAAGUGCCUUGCUCUUGGCAGAUCUUUAUUUCACUAGAUUAGUGUUCUGUGGCUGCCAACAGAAGCUUUCACAGGAUUUCCAAAUGGAGAUAUUUUCAAAGUUGCAGUAUAAUAUAUCGGGGAACUUGUCAAAGGUGCGACUUCUUACUAUAAGGAUACUAAAUCACUUUUCUGCCCAACCAAAUAUAUGUCUGGAGGAGUCCAAAGGAGGAGAAAACCUUCAUGUGUUUUCCAUUCUACUGCAAGCUGAGCUUGUCCCAGCCACGGUCUAUGACUACCGAGAUAAACUUAUUCAUCUUCGGAAACUGAGGCAUGAUCUUGUGCACUCAGUUGCAAAGGAAGACUUCAAGGAGGUACCGUUGAGGUAUUUACUAGCAAUGCUGUAUAUUAACUUCACCCCUCUGUGGGAUCCGGCUAUUGAGCUUAUUGCGUCUCAUGCAAAUGAAAUGGAAAAUAAAGCUUUUUGGAAGGUGUUCUACGAGCAUUUGGAAAAGUCUGCUGUUCAUGCUGAGAAGGAACUUGGGGAUGAGCAGCUAAAUGAGGAAUCAACAAACGGCCAGUCCUAUGGAAUUGAUGUUUCUAAUGCUGGAGACGUUGGAAUCUUAUAUGCUGAUAUGCUGAAAAGCAAAACUGAUAUAAAUGACAGGACUGAUUACACCAAUUUCCGGUUCCUGCUUUGGAAAGCAAUGUCACUGUUUCCAGACCGGGUGGAGCCGAGGUCCAGGGAACUUUCCCCUCUCCUGCUCAGGUUCAUAAGCAAUGAAUAUUACCCAGCAGACUUUCUAGUAGCCCCUUCCCAGGACAUUCGCAAGAAAGGUAUAGACAAUGCAAAGAGCGGAGCCGAAGAAAAUGCCACGGUAGACGAGGAUACAGUUAUGGAAGAGGAAGACAAUGCAGAGUCUGACGAACCCAACAAUACAGGGUUGCAAACAAAGAAAACAAGAAGGGCUGCCUCAAAACAGCUCAUUGAACACCUAAAAGUGUUUUCAAAGUUUUCCAAUCCACGUGCUUUGUUCUUGGAGCCCAAGUUACAUGACCUCUAUACUCAGUUAUUGUGUCAUCAAGAUCAAAAUGUACAGAAAGUUGCGUUGGAUUGUGUGCUGAGCUACAAACACCCUCAUAUACUUCCCUAUAAGGAAAAUUUACAACGGCUUCUGGAAGACAAAAGCUUUAAGGAGGAAAUUGUAAAUUUCAGUAUUUCGGAGGAGAAUGCAAUUGUAAAGCCAAUGCACAGAACUGAUCUAAUGCCUGUGCUUAUGAGAAUAUUGUAUGGCCGUAUGAGAAGCAAAACUGGCAGUAAAACACAAGGCAGGUCAGCUGCAGGAACCCGUAUGUCUAUAGUUCUUCGAUUCUUAGCAGGCUCGCUGCAUGACGAGAUCCGAAUGUUCCUAGAUCUUCUGUAUGAGCCAGUGAAGCAUCUGAAGGAUGGUGGUUGCUACGCUGCAGUUCAACAGGCUGUGGAACAAAUAGACCUUUCAAAAGUCCUACCCCUGGGGCGCCAGCAUGCCUUGCUCAACAGUUUGGAAGUGGUUCUGAAAAACCUUGGUAAUCUUAUCAGCCCCUACUUACCUGAGAUGCUCCAGAUUUUACUCUGCCUGACUGCCACUGCGUCACAGAUUUUAGAUCAGAAAGAAAAGAUCCAGUUAAAAUGUAUAAAUCCAUUAAAGAACCUGAGGCGCCUGGGAAUGAGACGUAUGGUGGAUUUUUUCACUGAUUUUGAGACGUACCCCUUUUCUGCUGAAGAAAUCGAUGCUUUAUUUAUUGCUGCCAUCUGGCCACAGAUCGGCAGAUUGGCUUUGGAAAGUCAGCAUUCUCCUUCACUUGUGCUGAAGCUUGUCCAUAUUUGGAGUCAAAAUUCUAGAUAUUUUCCUUUACUUGCUAAACAAAAACCCGGACAGCCAGAAUAUGAUGUCUUGGCUAAUACAUUUGCUCUUCUUGCCAAAAAGGGUUUAUCUCAGUCAACAGCAAGUAUUGUUAUAGAUGUAGCUUCUAAUCUGCUCAACACUCCGGACUAUGAAGAGUCAGAAGGUCUUUCCCCCUUAGUGGUUAAUGAUUGUGUUGUUGCUGACACCCCAAAUAAUGAUGAAGAGUCUGCAAGCAUCGGUGUGAAGCUGGUGUUAGUACAUGUCCCCGCAAUUCUCGGGUAUUUGAGUAAAAGCAUGCUGAAUUCAGAGAAGAUGCGCAAGAAGAAAUAUAAUACCCAAGUUAGCAAGGAACUCAAUAUCCUCUCAAAGAUUAGCAAGUUUAUUCAGGACAAAGAACAAAGCAAUGUGCUCAUUGGGUUACUUAUAUCCUAUUUGCAUAAAAGUAACGUAGCUGAGGACACAGAGGUUGACAUCUUGGAAACAGUACAAAAUCUACUCAGACAGUGUGUGAACCCUGCAAGUUUCCUGAAGCCAUUGGGCAAAUUAUUUGCUGUAACCCAGAACAAGCUUUCCCGGCAGACACUUUGCACAACAUUCCAGGUCCUGUCUGAAUUGGCUCCUGAGUUGGAGUAUAUCACUGAUGUUGCUGUUAAGUUAAACGCAUUUGAUCGAAGGCAUUUGGAUGAUAUUCACUUUGAUGUGCGACUGACAGCUUUCCAAAAAGCAAAUUCUUUUAUUAAAGAGAUGAAGACAAUCGAUAUGAACUAUAUUCUUCCACUUAUGCACAACUGUUUCUACACCAUCCAUCUUGGUGAUAUGUCCCUAUGUGACAAUGCAGGCCUGUGUCUCGCUAGUAUUAUGAAACUUCUGGCAACAGUGAAACACAAUGAGGGGGAAUAUCGCGAGAUCAUACAACGUACCCUGCUAGAAAGCAUGAAAAGUGGACUCAGAAGUAAAGUGGAGAGUGUUCAGCAAGACUAUACUACUUUACUUUCCAAUUUGAUACGGACAUUCCCAGAGCAUCCUGAGUUCUCCGACUUGGUUCAGCUCACGGAUUACAAUGAUCCUGAGAUGGACUUCUUUGAGAACAUGAAACACAUCCAGAUCCACAGGAGAGCCAGGGCAUUGCGGAAAUUAGCCAAACAUAUCACAGAAGGGAAUAUGACGCUCUCUUCCAAAUCUCUCCAGAAUUAUAUUAUGCCAUAUGCCACCAGCACUAUAUUUGAUGAAAAAAUGCUCAAGCAUGAAAACAUGGUUAAUGCAUCGGUGGAAAUGAUUGGAUCAGUAUGUAAAAAUCUCCCUUGGUCUGCCUACACGUAUCAAUUAAAACAUUUUAUUCACGUGCUUCAGACUGGGCAAGUCGAUCAAAAACUGGGUGUCAGAAUGCUGGUGACUGUACUUGAUGCAUUCCACUUUGAUUUUGCCACCCUGGAGAAGCAGCUUCAAGAAGCCAAGAAUCGUGAAGGUACAAAGAAUGCUGAGGAAAAUAUGGAGGAUGAAGUGAUGGAUUUAGAUCCAGAGGAUGAGCAGAUGGACACUCAAGACAAUGAGAAUUCCACCCAACAAGACCCAUCUGAAAAGGCUGAUAAUAGUUUAAAACAAAAGAUGCCUUUAAACUCCCUCCCAAAAACCAAGGAAGAGUUGACAUCUCUAAUAAGUCACAUUCAGGAGACAGUGAGCGGCAACAUCCUGCCUAAGCUGCAGAGGUGCCUAGAUGCCAAGAUAAAGAGCGAGGAAGAGCACAAGCUGGUGAAAACCAAAGCUGUAAAUGAAGAGGAAGUGGUCCGUAUCCCUAUAGCAUUUGCCAUGGUGAAGCUAAUGCAGACACUUCCACAAGAGGUGAUGGAGGUCAAUCUGCCCAGUAUCCUGAUAAAGGUAUGUAUCCUCCUGAGAAACCGAUUUCAAGAAAUCCGUGAUCUUGCAAGAAACACUCUAAUUAAGAUUCUGGAAACCCUUGGGCCUCGUUAUCUGCACUAUGUGUUAAAGGAGAUGCAAACUGUUUUAGUUAAAGGAUACCAGGUUCAUGUGCUGACGUUUUCUGUGAACCUGUUUUUAAAAGGACUUACUGCCAAGCUUAAAAGCGGCGACCUUGAUGGCUGUAUAGAAACUUUGAUCCAGAUUUUCAACAAUGAGCUGUUUGGAAACAUCGCAGAGGAAAAAGAAGUGAGAGGGAUAGUCUCUAAAAUAAUGGAAGCUCGAAGCAGCAAAAGUUUUGAUUCCUAUGAACUGCUUGCUCAGUUUAUUGGAAAAGACCAGGUUGUAAAAUUGAUCCUGCCCUUAAAAGAGAUUUUAGAGAAGACAACAAGUUUGAAGAUUGCUCGCAAAGUACAUGAAGCUUUCCGUAGAAUUGUGUUUGGUUUAGUAGCCAAUGAAGAUAUGUCUGCAGAAUCCAUUCUUUUACUGAGUUUUGGUCUGAUCAGUGAGAACCUUCCACUCCUAACAGAGAAAGACAAGGAUAAAAACUCAGAAAUGCUUCCUCCAGAUCCACGCCUUCAGCCUCAGAGCUGUUUGAUAAUUCAGCCGCCUCUUCCUCGUGGAGGGCGCAAAGCAGCUGUUAGCACAAAGACCAAUAUGCAUAUUCUUGUAGAUACUGGACUCAAGCUGCUUCAUGUGAGUUUGAAAAAAUCCAAAGUAAACUCUUCUGAGGAACAUGCAUUGGAAAUGCUGGAUCCCUUUGUGCAGAUACUGAUUGGCUGCCUACAGUCUAUGGAUGUAAAGGUCAUCACUGGAGCUCUGCAAUCCGUCAUCUUGAUUCUUAAGUUUCCGUUACCCUCUAUAGAGAAGAACACAGAGGAGCUGAUCAAACAGCUUUUCCUGUUGUUAAAGGAUUAUGCAAAAGCAGGUGCUGCCAGGGGUCAGAAUUUUAAUCUGGUGGUUAGCUGUUUCAAGGGUGUCACUAUACUGGUUCGAAACAUGACGGGAACCAUUACAGAGAAACAGCUGCAAGUGUUGCUGGGUUAUGCUGAAGAGGAUCUGUAUGAUUCUUCACGACAAGCCACUGCGUUUGGUUUGUUAAAGGCUAUUGUAUCUAGAAAGCUGAUUGUUCCUGAGAUUGACGAUGUCAUGCAAAAGGUAGCAAAGUUGGCAGUGACUUCCCAGAGUGAGCAAGUGAGAGUUCAGUGCCGACAGAUAUUCCUGAAGUAUUUGCUUGACUAUCCUCUGGGUGACAAACUGAAGCAAAGCUUAGAGUUUAUAAUUGCACAACUAAGUUAUGAAUAUGAAACGGGACGCGAUUCUGCCUUGGAAAUGACAGCAUUUCUUUUCCAGACAUUCCCAAAGGGAAUACUUAACCAGUUCUGUGGUCUCAUGUUUGUCCCACUUGCUUUGAUGAUGGUCAACGAUGAUUCUACAAAGUGUAAGAAAAUGGCUGCCCUGGCAGCAAAAUCUCUUCUUGGCAAAGUUGAGACAAAGCAGAAGGACUUGAUGUUCUCAUUGGCUAACCAGUGGCUCAAUAAUGAAAAGUCUUCUCACAAGAGGUUGGGUGUCCUGGCCUGUGGCUUGUUUGUUGACGUUGAAGGAGUUGAGUUUGAGAGCAGACUGGAAGCUACCCUUGUGACUAUUGAACGGGAAAUUGACCCCUUACAGUUUGAAGAUUUGAAGGAAGAGACCGAAGAAAAGGCAGCUGACAGACUGUUAUUCAGCUUACUAACCCUGGUUGCCAAACUCAUCAAGGAGUGCAAUAUUACACAGCUCGCAAAGCACAGAGAGAUUGUACAUAAAAUAUGUGCUCAUGCUCAGGCCCAUUUGAGGUACCCCCACAGUUGGGUCUGGCUGACCGCAUCCCAGAUUUUCGGAUUGUUGUUUUCUCUUCAAAAACCUGAAGACCUUGUGAAUAAAUGGAUGGGCCAAAAGGCAAAGAAGGCUCGGACAGAGGUCUCUGAAGUCUACCUAGUGGAAAAUCUGGAGAUCAAGAUGAAAGAUCUUGCUUUCGCUUUUUACCAUCAGCUGCAGUCAAAAUUUCUUGACCAGACCCUGGGAGAACAGGUGAUAAAGAAUUUGCUGUUUGUAGCCAAAGUUAUUUACCUCCUCCACCCAGAGGAGGAGAAUGCAGAAAACCACCAGGAGGAGAAAGAUAAUGAAAGUGUUCAGCAGGAAGCUUCUGGAGGAGAAGAGGAUGAUGCUGACAGGCAGAUGGAAGAAGAGAAGGGUGUCACUCUCAUGUGGCUCGUGAGAAAAUUGUCAAUGCUAGCCAAGAAAGAAGCUGCUCAUAGUCCUAAAAAUCCUCUAAAAAGAACAUGUGUAUUUAAAUUCCUGGGAGCCAUUGCAGUGGAUCUGGGAAAAGAGAGAGUGAAGCCUUUUCUGCCAUCUAUCAUUGCUCCGCUCUUCAGAGAACUGAACAGUACCUACUCGGAGAACGAUCCGACAUUGAAAAAUCUCUCUCAAGAAAUCAUUGACCUUCUGAAGGGUUUGGUUGGCUUACAGUGUUUCUCGUUGUGCUUUUCUGGUGUACAGAAACAAGCCAAUCAGAAGAGAGCCAUAAGAAAAGCAAAAAGGCUCUUGGACGCUGUGGCCAACCCUGAUGUGGCAGCCAGGAAAAAAAUCAAGAAACACAAAAACAAAAUUGAGGCAAAAAAGAGGAAGAUUGAGUUUUUAAGACCAGGAUAUAAAGCAAAGAGACUUCGCAGCCAUGCUCUCAAAGACUUGGCAAUGGUGGAAUAAAACUAUAUGCUGUUUAAUCAUAUAACAAUCAUUGUACAGUAGGGUGCAAUACUCAAUUUUUUGUGUACAGUUUAAUGCAUUGUCUUUAGUUUUCAAAUUAAAGUGUUUUCUAAUUAACUUGCA